ACAUUUCAAAUAUACAGCACAGAUGAUUCUUACCGUUUUCGCGAUAAGAAUAAUGUAACGUAACUAUCGGUAAGGAUAAAGUAAUGUUUAGGCGAUAGUGGCGCGCCUCUAACUGUCUCUUACUCUCGAGGCGAGAGUACGGGUCCAUCAAGAUACAAAUGACUCAUGAUUCACGAGCGUCAGCACCAAUUAGCCUAGUGGCGCAAAACUCUCAAACUCAACUGCUAACCAAAUUUACACAAGCGAUACAUAGUACAUAUGUAUGUAACUCCUCUUAUAAAGCGCUUAAACUAUUAGCCGAUUACAAUACCGACCAGUAAGAGCGCUGUGAUGGGAAUGUGAAAUGUGAAUAUUGUGGAUGUACACAACAUAAUAACGAAGUGAUAGGGGUAGUGAAGAAGAAAGUAAUACAAGUGUCUCAAAAAAUUGCCUGACUCCGUUGAUCGAGGGCUGAUUUGAACAAAUAUUUUUCUUUUAGCUUACUCACUGUUAUCAUUCGUGAAGAUUCCCGAAGUUUGAGACAGCAUUUAAUUCAGCAUAUUUAAUUCAUUUUCAGUAGGAAACGUGCAACAGAAAUUUUUUUAUAAGAAAUUAAUAAUUCAAUAAUUAAUUUUUUAUCGAAAUCAUGAACAGAAAUAAUACUUUAAAAUAUUACGUAUUGUCUCAGUAUAUUGUAGAGGAAGUAGAAUCGGUUAAAGAAGAAUUGUCAAAGAAUGUUCAUCAGACCGAUCCUUUGUGGGCCAUUGUAGCAGGAAAGGAGAAAAGUGAAGUACACAUAGAAGAAAUAACUACAGAUGAUGAAGAUGAUGACAACGAUUUAUCUAAAACAGCCGAUUCUACUCAAUUUCCAUCUACUCAAUUUUAUUUUACACAAUUUGGCAAUGAUUUUGAAAGGGAUAUUAUACAAAAAUGUGAUAUUGUAGAAUAUCUUUUGGAAAAUUUAGAACGUCCCAUUGGGAAGUUAGAUGUAAAUUUAUUGGAAAAUUUACAGGACGAAGAAUUUGUAGAGGUUGUUUGCGAUUUAGAAAAGAAAUUGAGCACGACAGGUACCUACAACGUUUGUCACUCAUUGAAUAAUAUGAGUAUAGAAGAAAGAAUGAAAUAUGCAUCAGUUUUUUAUACUUACUUACUAUUACCAAAGAUAAUCUUUAUGGAAGAGCCAUCGAGACUCUUAUUGUCUGCUAUUAUAGAAAGCGUACAAAAAUUCCCAGAUGACAUUCAAAAAUUAAUUUUUAUUCCUCUGUUAAAUGUCGAUUUAAAAGAUACAACAAUUGUCAAUAUUAUAACACAUACUUUUGAACAUGGACGAAGUCUUGUUCUAAUCAUGGAAUACUUGUCGCACGUGAAAGAACUUAAGCUAUGGCAUCUUCCUGUUUUGGAUAAUUUAAUAUCUGUGAAACUAGACGAUGUAACAAAAGAUAAAUUCAUACAACUAUUAUCUGAAAAGGCACUCGAUUUUUCUAGAGAGAAAAAUUUUGGAAAACUUUUACUGUUGUUCAUAAAAGUAAAUUUGAAUUUUUCUGACCAGCAGAAAUUCUUAAUGCAGGAAAUUGCUAAUAUAAAUCAAACAUUUUUCAAAAAACCCAUACAAAACCUGUUAAAAGUCCUAUAAUAAAUUGUUUAUUACAAAAGAAGACAAACAUAAUUGUUCUUUUGAUUUUGUUCAUUUAGCUUUGCAACUUAUUAGCUUUAACAUUGUUUUGCAAAGUUACAAUAUGAGUUAUUUAAAUUGUAUGUAACACAAAAUGUUACUAAUGCAUUAUUCUGGAGUGCGUAUAAGGUAGUAGUGUGAAAUAAAUAAAUAGUAUUGGAAGAAA